AUGUUGGGCUUGAAAGGUUAUGGCGGGCUGUCUGCGACCAUCGAUGAGGGGAGCUGGCGCGCGCCCUUGACUGAUGUGGAGUCGGAACUAUACAGUUUGCGUUCGGCCGUUGAAACCUCCCAGCGUGGGCUCUCUCAGUUGGAGGCCAAGCUUGCAAGCAAGCUUGAGGUCACGCGUCGCCGUCAGGUUGAUGAUACCUUAGGAGGCUUGGGACCCAUGAUGGACUUCAGGCAGACAGUUACAAAGCUUCAAAGUGAACAGCGUCGCUUCACCACGGAACUCAGUCGCCUGCCCACCGCCCGCGAUGUACAGAGUGCCUUGCAGCGUCACCAAGAGUCGCUGGAGGAACGUUUGGGUGAACGGAUCGGAGCCUUAGAGCAGUCGUUGAAUCACCAGCAGCAGGCUGCCGUCGAGCGCCUGGAGGGUCGUGGCGGUGAGACCUGGCGUAGCUGCUUGCAACGCAUGGCUACCCUGGAGGAAAAGGUGGUCUUGCAAACCGACGUCAGCCGCAUCGUGGAUCGAGUCUUGGGCGAGGUGAGGAAAGCCGGCCCCCAGAUCUUUGGACAGGCCGUGUCCGGCCCAGCAGCCAUUGGUGAAGUACGCAAGGAGAUGAGGAGAUUGGAGUCCAAGGUGGCGGGCCUGGAGGCGCGCGUCAUCGGCAUCGCAGAGGACAGCACUGCGGAGGGCCGCAUCUGGCGCGCUUCGAUCGCAGCAAAGGUUGAGACAUUGGAGCGUGCCAUGCAGGACCACAGCGGACGCCUGGCGGGGGAAGAAACCACGCGGGCCGAGCUGCAGGAGAUGUUCCAGCAGAGUUGCGAGGCUGCGGAGGCUGCAGCUCAACGAGCUCAGCAGAUGGCUUCAGAGGCUGCCAGCCGAGCUCGAGAGGUGGCUUCGGAGGUGAUGGCUUCGAUGGAGGAGUCUCUGACCGAGAGGCUGAAACUUCUGAGUGAUGAAGGGCGACAGCGAGCACUGAACUUGGAGGAUCAGUUCAAGGAAGCCAACCACCGCAUCUCCCUACAGGAGUCAGAUCUGAAACGGAGCAAAGAACGUACUGCGCAGGCGGAGCUGGAGCUAAGCCAACUCACCAAUCGCCUUGCCAGCAUGCGCAUUGACGUAGAUGUGCAGAAGGAACGCUACAAGUCGCAAGAGGAAAAACUUCUGGAACGCGAGGCCGGGCAGCAGGACCACACGCGAUUGAUCCAGAGCCUUCGAAGUGAUUUGGAGGCGCAGGGAGCAAGCAUGCGUGCUCUACUGGAGGUUCUGCAGAUGAGCACUGGCAAACACCCGCUGAUGCUUGAACAAUACUAG